GCUUCUUCUAGACCAGGGGUUUUGACUAUGUCGCGCCUGAAGGAAGUAGCCGGGAGGGAUCCCCGGGCGGGUUUCAGAGCUGAGAGGAGAGACCAAGGUACCUCCGUACCCCAGGGGCUGAUAAAGGCGGCGAGAAAGAGCGGCCAGUUAAAUCUAUCGGGUAGGAACCUCACUGAAGUGCCCCAGUGUGUCUGGAGAAUAAAUGUGGAUAUCCCAGAGGAAGCUAAUCAGACUCUUUCAUUCAGUGCUACUGAAAGAUGGUGGGAACAGACGGAUUUAACCAAACUAAUCAUAUCAAACAAUAAACUUCAGUCACUUACAGAGGACCUCCGACUCCUGCCUGCACUGACUGUUCUUGAUAUACAUGAUAAUCAGCUGACAUCUCUUCCUUCAGCUAUAAGAGAACUAGAAAAUCUUCAGAAACUUAAUGUCAGCCAUAACAAACUGAAAAUACUCCCUGAAGAAAUUACAAAUCUAAGAAACCUGAAGGGCCUUUAUCUCCAGCAUAAUGAACUAACUUGCAUACCAGAGGGAUUUGAACGACUUUUCAGUUUAGAAGAUUUAGAUCUUUCGAACAAUCGUCUUACAACUGUUCCUGCUAGUUUUUCUUCUCUAUCCAGUCUGGUGCGACUCAAUCUUUCCAGUAAUCAGCUGAAGAGUUUGCCAGGAGAAAUAAGUAGAAUGAAAAGAUUAAAACACUUGGAUUGUAAUUCAAAUCUCUUGGAAACUAUACCUCCUGAAUUGGCUGACAUGGAAUCACUAGAAUUGCUUUAUUUGCGGAGAAAUAAAUUACAUUUUCUACCAGAAUUUCCUUCUUGUAGACUAUUGAAGGAAUUGCACGUAAGUGAAAACCAGAUUGAAAUUUUAGGGGCAGAACAUCUUAAGCAUCUGAAUUCUAUCCUUGUGCUAGACCUGAGGGAUAACAAGUUGAAAUCUGUUCCAGAUGAGAUUAUACUACUACAGUCUUUGGAAAGGCUUGACCUAAGCAACAAUGAUAUUAGUAGUCUACCCUAUUCAUUGGGAAACCUUCAUUUGAAAUUCCUGGCACUGGAAGGAAAUCCUUUGAGAACCAUUCGAAGAGAAGUUAUAAAUAAAGGAACCCAAGAAGUCCUAAAAUAUCUACGAAGCAAGAUCAAAGAUGAUGAACCUAGCCCUAGUGACUCUGUAACUGAGACUGCCAUGACACUACCAAGUGAAUCCAGAGUCAAUAUGCAUGCCAUCAUCACAUUAAAAAUAUUAGACUAUAGUGAUAAACAAACAACUUUGAUUCCUGAUGAAGUGUUUGAUGCUGUAAAAAGCAACAUCAUCACUUCUAUUAACUUCAGUAAGAAUCAGCUGUGUGAAAUUCCGAAAAGGAUUGCAGAACUGAAGGAAAUGGUUUCUGAUGUCAAUCUCAGUUUUAAUAAGCUUUCUUUUAUAUCCUUGGAGUUAUGUAUGCUUCAAAAAUUGACUUUUUUAGAUCUCAGGAACAAUUUUUUAAAUUCCUUGCCUGAAGAAAUGGAAUCAUUGAUAAGACUACAAAUGAUCAAUCUUUCUUUUAAUAGUAACAAUCAGGUUGGAUCUGUGGACCCUCUGAAAAUGAAGACAAUGGAAAAUCUGACCACAUUGGACCUUCAAAAUAAUGACCUCCUACAAAUUCCACCAGAGCUUGGCAAUUGUGUGAACUUAAGAACGUUACUACUAGAUGGAAAUCCAUUCCGUGUCCCUCGAGCAGCCAUAUUAGUGAAAGGAACAGCUGCUAUACUGGAAUAUUUGAGAGACCGAAUUCCUACUUAAGUUGAGUUGUUUUAUAUUCCUGGUCUUGUUAAUUCUUAGAAGGAUAUAACAUAUUGUUUUAGUAUCAUCCUAAAGAUGGUUGCUAUAAUUGAUCUUAUAGCUUCCCAGUAUCAUCGAGCCAUUGAUAUAAUUGGCCUGGGCCAUCAUCACUACCACCAAAUAUUUCUACAUUGACAACUAUUUAACAUUUUUCAAGGCAUUGGGUACAUUUAUAAUGGUGAUAACCACAUAUAAUGUUCAUACAUUUGUUUUGAAUGUUUUGCAGAGGAUUUAUUCCACUCACUUUGAUUCACUUCUAACAUAGCAAACAAUUUCUUUAAAAGUAAAUUUUUAUUUAAUGUACUUUAAUAUUUUCAUAAUAACAGAGCCCUUUUGUAGAACUGGGUUUUCUGUUUCCCCUUGUUUCUUUUUGUAUUCCAUACAAUGUGAUCAAUUGACUGGUCUAUGACUAUUCAAUUUCUAUCUUUUUAUUGGAUAUAAAAUUGAAUUGAAUGUUGUUGAAUACUACUCUUUGGCAUUUUAAAAAAAUAAGACUUUUCAUUACCCACGAUAGGACUUUUGUAAUGUGGUUGCUCUCAGUACAUGCUUUAAAUUAACAUUCACUGUUUUGCUUUUGUUUAAAUCUAGUUGAAAUAUUUCUUUUCUAUUAGGUGGGUUUUUUCCUCCAUUUUAUAAAAUCAUUUCUUUAGGGUUGCUAUGGCACAGAAAUACUAUUCUAGAUAUAAUUGUUGGAGAAAAUAGUGAAAGUGUUGUUAUAACUGCUCUCACAAUUUUGAAUUUCAAACUUGAAAAUUUUUUUUAAAUGAUGUCUUGGUAUUGUUUCCAUAUGAUAAUCUACUACUUUUAGAUUCAAGAGAAUUAAAGAUAUUGAAUCUGCAUAUUUUCCCCUUACUGAGUGUUUGUAUUUAAAAAUGCCUUUUGUUCCUUAAAAUAAGUAUUGAAACCCUUAUCUUAUUAAUUCUAUAGAUAACAGCAACAGAAAACAACUAAUAACAUAUACCAUAUAGAAAUAUUAAAAUGUACUUUGCAUAUACACUUAUUAAGCAGAUAUUUGUAUACCUAAUCUACUCUUUGCGUGUGUUUUAAUCCAACCUCGUGCAUCUUUUUAUUUCC